UUUGAUCUUCAAAACAAUUCCUUAAACUCUUCAAUCCCUUCUGAACUUGGUUUUUGUACCAACCUCACCCACUUGGACCUAAAUGCCAAUCACCUUGAAGGGAAAAUUCCAUCUUCUAUAGGCCAACUCAGAGAGCUGCGGUACCUUGAUCUUCGAAACAAUUUCUUAAACUCUUCAAUCCCUUCUGAACUUGGUUUUUGUACCAAUCUCACCUACUUGGCCCUGGCUUCCAAUAAACUCAAUGGGGAAUUGCCUCUGUCCUUGUCCAAUCUGAACAACAUCAAUGAAUUGGGUUUAUCUGAAAAUCAUCUUACGGGUCCCAUCCUGCCUUCCCUUAUCUCCAAUUGGACUGAAGUGGAAUCUUUGCAACUUCAAAACAAUAAGUUCAGUGGAAAUAUUCCAGCAGAAAUUGGCCUGUUGACAAAGCUCAACUACCUUUUUCUAAACAACAAUAACUUCUCUGGAUCAAUUCCCUCAGAGAUUGGUAACCUGAAAGAUUUGAAAAAAUUGGCUCUUUCAGGAAACCAACUCUCAGGGCCAAUUCCUAUGACACUGUGGAACCUCACAAAUAUUAAGACAGUCUACCUUUUCUUCAACAAUCUCACUGGGAUGAUUCCACCAGAGAUUGAAAAUAUGGUGUCGCUGGAGGAAUUUGAUGCAGACACUAACCACCUGUAUGGAGAGUUGCCAGGCACCAUUUCUCGGCUUACUAAAUUGAAGUCAUUCUCUGUGUUCACCAAUAAUUUGUCGGGAAGCAUUCCAAGGGAUUUUGGCAGGUACAGUCCUAAUUUGAGCAUUCUGCGCCUUUCGAACAACAGCUUUACAGGAGAGCUGCCACCAGAAUUGUGUAGCGGUUCUGCUCUGGAAGAAUUGUCUGUAGGUGAUAACAACUUCUCUGGGUCAUUGCCAAAGUGCUUGAGAAAUUGUUCAAAACUACAAAAAGUUGCUGUUGGUCACAACCAAUUCACGGGAAGCAUUACAAAUUCAUUUGGUAUUCAUCCUAAUCUUAACUCUGUUUUUCUCAGCAAUAAUCAAUUUGUUGGUGAAAUCUCACCAGAAUUGGGAGAAUGUGAAAGUCUCAAUCGCUUAUUGAUGGAUAGAAAUAAAAUUUCUGGUCAAAUCCCACCUGAGCUUGGGAAGUUGAGCAAAUUGGCAGAACUAAUCCUGGACUCUAAUGACUUGAGUGGAUAUAUUCCGGCUCAGUUGGGAAACUUAGGCCUACUGUACAAGCUCAAUCUGAGCAAGAAUCAUUUGACAGGAGACAUCCCCAAGAGUCUAAGCGAUUUGACUAAGCUCGAGUUGCUUGAUUUAUCCGAAAACAAUUUGAUAGGAAACAUCCCCAUAGAGCUUGGUAAGUUUGAGAAGUUGUCAACUUUAAACCUGAGCCACAACAAUUUAUUUGGUCAAAUACCACCAGACCUUGGUAAUUUGCCCUUGCAGUACUUGUUAGACCUCAGUAGCAAUUCACUUUCAGAACCGCUUCCUGCAGACCUGGCUAAGCUUAUACGGCUGGAGAUUCUUAAUGUCUCACAUAACCAUCUCUCAGGGAGCAUCCCAGAAACAUUUUCCAAAAUGGUUAGUCUAGUUGGCAUUGAUUUCUCUUACAAUAACUUAACUGGUCCAAUCCCAACUGGUGCCAUUUUUCGAAAAGUGCCUGCAAAUGCCUUUCUUGGAAAUGAUGGUUUAUGUGGAGAUACCGAGGGACUAACUCCAUGCAACUCAAAUCACGGAAAGUCCAACAAGAUUAGCAAGGUUCUACUUGCUCUCCUGGUUUCCAGUUGUGUUAUAUUAGUGAUUGCAACUACAAGUACUGCUGCAGUGCUAAAGUUCAGCCGGAAAUCGAAGCUUAAGGAAACCGAAAGUCCUAGGAUGUCUGAGAGUUUUGAUUUAGGGAUAUGGGGAAGAUAUGGAAAAUUCACAUUUGGUGCAAUUGUGAAUGCGACGGAGAACUUUGAUGAGAAGUACCUCAUUGGAAAAGGAGGAUUUGGGAGUGUCUACAAGGCUAUGUUGGGCAGGGGAAAAGUGGUUGCAGUUAAGAAGCUGAACAUUUCAGACUCUAGUGACAUUCCAAAAAUAAAUUGCCAAAGUUUUGAGAAUGAGAUACGAACCUUGACAGAAGUGAGGCACAGAAACAUAAUAAAUCUCUAUGGGUUCUGUUCAUGGAGGGACUGCUUGUACUUGGUGUAUGAAUAUGCAGAGAGAGGUAGCUUGAGAAAAGUAUUGUAUGGGACAGAGGAAAGGGAAGCAGAACUUGGAUGGAGCACAAGGGUGAAAAUUGUGCAAGGGCUAGCUCAUGCAAUUGCUUACUUGCACAAUGAUUGCUCUCCUCCAAUUGUUCACAGGGACGUAACUUUGAACAACAUAUUACUUGAGAAGGGUUUCGUGCCACGGUUAUCGGAUUUUGGAACUGCAAGGUUGUUGAGCACAGAUUCAUCCAAUUGGACUUCUGUAGCUGGAUCUUACGGCUACAUGGCUCCAGAGCUGGCUUUCACAAUGCGUGUGACGGAUAAGUGUGAUGUGUAUAGCUUUGGAGUGGUGGCAUUAGAAAUAAUGAUGGGAAGGCAUCCUGGGGAGCUUUUAUCUUCUCUAUCAGUCUCAUUAACAGAAAAUGCAGAAUUGCUUUUGAAGGAUUUGUUAGACCAACGGCUAAGGCCUCCUCCUGGUCAGUCAGCAGCGGCAGUGGCUUCGGUGGUAACCAUGGCUUUGGCCUGUACUCGCACUAAUGCAGAGUCAAGACCGACCAUGGAUUUUGUGGCAAAAGAGCUGUCAUCAGCCAGGACCCAGGCUAAACUCUCUGCACCAUUUGGCAUGAUCACCAUCAACAAGUUGGCAAGUUUUCAAAACCAGAAGAAUUUUUGAACAUAAGAGGUCCCCACAUAUAUGAAUACUAAUCGUUUAUGUACCGAUGCAAUGUUAAGGGUUGUAGCUA